GAAAACACCACUUCCCGCUUCCGCAGGUAGUACUGUGCUCCUUUCAACUUUUGCCUUUAGCUCAUUUUCCCCAUCGAUCACCCAACGAGAGGCAACAUGGCUGGCCGGCCCGCUGAAGCUGCGAUUGUGACGCCGUGGACGGUAGAGGGUGAUGUGAAUUACGACAAGCUGAUUAAAGACUUUGGCUGCCAGGCCAUCGAUGAGCAGCUGCUGGAGCGCAUCGAGCGUCUGACUGGCAAGAGGCCCCACCGCUUUCUUCGCCGCGGCAUCUUCUUCUCGCAUCGCGACAUGAAUUUGAUCCUCGACGCGUAUGAGAAGGGCCAGCCCUUCUACCUGUACACCGGCCGCGGCCCCAGCAGCGAAUCGAUGCACACGGGACAUCUCAUUCCGUUCAUGUUCACGAAGUGGCUGCAGGAGACCUUUCAAGUCCCCCUCGUCAUUCAGCUCACCGACGACGAGAAGUUUUUCUUCAAAGAUUUGACAAUGGAGGAGAUUGACAAGAUGACAACGGAGAACUUGAAGGACGUCCUUGCCUUGGGCUUCGACCCGAACCUCACUUUUGUUUUCCGCGAUUUCGAGUACGUGGGCCGCAUGUACCGCAUCGUGGCGCGUAUUGAGAAGGCUUACACUGCCAGUCAGGUGCGCGGAGCCUUUGGCUUUAAGAUGGAGGACAACUGCGGCCGCUGGAUGUUCCCGGCGGUGCAGGCGGCCCCCUCCUUCUCGGCGUCCUUCCCACACAUUUUCCCGGCGGCGAAAGGCAACGUCUUCUGCCUGAUCCCGCAGGCCAUCGACCAGGACCCAUACUUCCGUCUCACACGUGAUGUCGCGCCGCGCCUCGGCUUCCUCAAGCCGGCGGUGAUUCACUCGAAGUUCUUCCCCGGUCUCAGCGGCUCGAAGGGCAAGAUGAGCUCGUCCACCGGGGCCGCCGUGUUUUUAACGGACACUCCAAAGAUGAUCAAGGACAAGAUUAAGAAGAAUGCCUUCAGCGGCGGCGGUGCGGACAAGAAAGAACAGUUCGUGCUGGGCGGCAACACGACUGUCGACGUGCCGAUGCAGUGGCUGCGCUUCUUCUUCGAGGAGGACGAGGAGCUGGAGCGUCUGCAGCGGGACUACAUGCUGGGCCGCAUCAUGAGCAGCGACGUCAAGGAUGUGCUCAUCCAGACCCUCACCAAGAUCGUGACGGAUCACCAGGAGGCGCGCAAGAAGAUCACCGACGCUGAUGUGGAGCUUUUCAGCAGCGUGCGCAUCAUGGGUCCUGCAAAGGUGUUUGCCGAGUCCAAGCAGUGA